AUGUAUACGCGUAUUGAAAAAUUUUCAUCUGAACUAUUCUAUGCGAUAUUUGAUUAUCUUUACAAUGAAGAUAUUUAUUUUGCAUUUUCUGGUUUAAAUUUACGAUUGAAUAUAAUUGUUUUGAGAAUGAAUAAACCAUAUUUUAGUUUUACAAAAUAUUCACCAACAAAAUUUUAUAAUUUUUGGAUAAACUAUAUGCCAUUAAUUAAACAUGAAGUAGUCGCCUUAAAAUUUUUAGGACGACAAGUUGAUUUAAAGCAUAUUUUCUUUACUGGAUUUGAUUGUCUUACAUCGUUAGUGUUAGAAGAUAUUAACUGUCAUCAAGCAGAAUAUGUGAUUACUGAAAACUUAUCAAAAUUAAAACGAUUAUCAAUAAGACGAUUAUUUGCUGGUUAUUACGAGAAUAAAAAUGUAAUGAUUGCAUCACUACUUCAAUUAAUAUUUCUUCAUUUAACAAAUCUUCAAGAGUUAAUUAUACUUCCAGCUGAUAAUGAAAAUCUUUUUUAUGAUGAACAAACAAUUUUAUCAACAAAAAAUCACCUUAAAACUUUAACAAUUCAUUUAUGUUAUAUUGAUAAUGCAUUUUCCAUUUUACAAUAUCUUCCAUAUAUACAACAUGUUAAUUUCACAUUUUCUUCAUAUUACCGAACAAGUGUACCUCAAACAACUUACGUAAUACCUACAUUAGCGAUAUUGAAUAUUUAUUCGGUAAAGAAUCCUUGUUUUGAUUUUGUGAAGUACUCGUUUAAAUGCUGUCCAAAUUUAAAAGAGUUCACUAACAACGGCGUACAAAUGACAGUUUGCAAUUAA